CAACUAAUCCGAUCAUGCUUUCAACUAACGACAUCAAACGUUUUUCACCUUCCAUUCUCUUCAAAUUUACUACUCCGGGCCCUUAUAAAAGUUCUUGGCACACAUACAAGAUACUCUCAUUUUUCACAACAUACGACCAAGCAG